GUAGAAUGUGUACAUGAGCCAUUCACUUUCCUUACACGAUGUGGUCAGUUCUCGUCCACAAAAACGCAGGCGCUUCUCACUUCACGAGGAUCACAAUGUCGAACUUGAAACUAAAUUCGUGACAGAAGAUGAAGCCGACCUUGGAAUACGCCAACUUAUUGCUGAGGAGAUUGACCUGGAUAUUGCUAUUCGCCAACGCCUUCUAAGCACCAUCGAAUCUCGCAUAACAUGGGCACUUAUGCUCCAGGAGGCUCUCACUCGGGACUCGUCCACUCCAGUUCCUGAUGCUACAGUGGAUGACUUUCAAGAAGCUGCUUUAGACGCCCUUAACGCUGUCGAAGUACCUUGUGCCUUCUUAUUUGAUCGAGAAGAGUCCGUAUACGAUGACGCUGAACCUUCUUCUCUUCGUUCAUUCUCCCCUGUCGCCCCAACACAGCGCGAGCGAAUACCUCCAAAGGUCAGGCCGACACGUACGGCUGCAGCAAAAUUGCAUCCGCAGAAAAAGCUGCUUUAUAUCCGUCUGCCCCCUUCACAGACAGCCAUCGAUGAGCAGAUUGCUAUCCUUACUUGUCCUACUUGUACUCGCACGCAGUUCAGCACCCUUCAAGGGCUCUUGAAUCACGCACGGCUUGCUCAUGGUAUUGAGUGGGCCAGUCACGACGCGUGCAUUACGGCUUGCGCUGUUCCAAUACCCUCCAGUGAUGAUGUGGAGAAAGGUCGGGUCGAGGAGGAAGGUGUUGAAGUACCUUGGGGAGGUAGUGUCGUCGGUCUACAACGACUAUUUGAACGAGCUGUCGGUGUCAAUAUUCCCGCAUCUCUUGUUUACGAAGAAGGGCAGGGAGCUGCAGCCAUACCCAGCACCUUACUUUCACGCACCCUCGGUUUACAUGCGGACUCCCCUGCCCUUGCUCCGUUUCUUGGCAGAAUUCCAAAACGGAGAUGCAUACAUACUUAUGAGGAAGAUACAGAAGUUGACAUUCUGAGUAUUGAUACUGCUCCAUGCAGGCCUUCCCCCGGUUUCGAAAGUAGGGAAGGAGUUACGAGGAGAGCAGACGAGGGCGAUGGUCAUCCUUGGCGAAUGGCUUUUCCGCAUCGAAAUAACGCCCGCCCUGAACUCGAUCUCGUUGUCGACGUGCCUGCUCUUAUUGAUAACGCUGCAGAAAAUACAGCAACUCCCGCGAUACCAGGAAGCACAACUUCACGCUUCCAUAUCACCGCUCGUGUGCAUAUCACAGAUAGAAGUUUAUUUAUCUCGCCAAGCCGACGGUUAGACCUCGGUAUUCCGUCAUCACAUACUCACCGGUGGAUGCUCAGUGUCACUGCUCCUUCUUAUUCGAUACCUCUGGCCUCAUUCAUGAUACGCUUGACAGUUUUGGCGGUGGCUCCAUCUGAUAACACUCAACGACAGCCUUGUACUGUGGACAAAGCACCCUUUGCCAUCAUAGGCUCAUCUUCUGAGCCCUUUCUUGCGAAGGUCGUGAUGGAGUGGGCCAGUGGCGGGAGAAUGGAAGUAGAACAUUGGAUUGAUCUUGACCCUGGGAGCGCAGCGAGCUCUGUCCUUGGCUCAGAACAAGUUCUCGAUGUCGAACUUGAUAGAGGGACACGCCUCCUCCCUGUCCCUUCCGGUCCUCCACUGCCUAUUCCUUCCUUGGAACGUGAACCUGCAGAAAUUACAAGGCAAUCUGUGACGAAGCCUCAAGAAUCUGCAGAUGAAUUAGGAUACGAGAAGGUUCUGCGGAGUUUGUUGCCAAGAGUACCUAUGACGCUUAAAGAUAUGAAGUUCCGUUCACCUUUUCAGGUACCAUACAAGCUCGUUCCCUCACCGGCGCAUCUUCUAGCGCUUGUACCUGGGAGACGGAAAGCCAUUGAAUGGGGAAGAGCCCGAGCACUGCAAGCACUUUAUGUCCAGCACGUUGCCUCGGCCUCCGCAGAAUUGAUCUCCCUCACUGUUGGUGAUGUCUAUGCCUUCCUAGAAGACUCGGGGCUUUUUCCGCGUUCGUCUUCGAAGAUCGAAGAUCCUGUACCGAGUGCGAAAGAAAAGAAGGACAAAUCGAAGGACAAGGAGAAAGAAUCCACGCUUUCGCCGGUGGAUGAACCCUGCUUUGUCUGUGGCAUAAAGAAACGCUUCCACCCUAUACUUGCUGCCACUGUCAAAGUGAAAAAGGAGCCUGUUUUUGACGAAACAGGACCCUGGGUUUGCGACAUCGUUCCGCCGCACGAACUUGAGCGGGGUUUACGAAUACCCAUUGUUGAUUUGAUGAAGAUUUUUGGAGGUGGACUCGAAAUUGUCCUAUACGCCGGGGAAACUGCAGGGGAUGUGGGACCGCUACCGCAUCAACCCAUAGCUUCUUCUCUGCUCAGACCUUGGCGUUAUUCUGCGCGGCAGAUUACCUCGUUAAGCCCACCAGACCUCAUUCUUGCUAUUCAUAGAAGUGUCGGGUCUUUGCGUCUUCUGCAUUUCCCUGAUCUUCUCUCUCCUUCUCUGGAUAAGCGUCGUACAAAUUCGGAGAUCGAAGAGGCGUUCGCACCAUCAGCACUGCUAGCCGCUGUGCUCAAACCGUUUAUUGCCGCCCUUGUGCGUUCUGCAGUGGACGUUGCAAAACGGGAUAUUGCGAUUGCAUCUGGUGCUGGAAAUAGUGGUGCUGUUCCAGUCGCUGGACAAGUCAAGGUGGCACGAACUAAGCGAGGGAGAAAAGUAGGGUCUGUUCUAACUCCAGGACACAUCUUACGAGGGCUGUCGUUGCCUAAUCCUGUCCGUGGUGGCGGGCUCGCUACGGCUACCGUCAAAGAUAUGUUGAGGCUUUAUCUGGCGAGAGUGGGAGUACCCGUGGAGUUCGGACGAUCGUUAACGCGGGCUUCCCUCCGUCAGAUUUUGGAUCGGGAUGGCAGUGUCGAAAUGGGGGUGACGAGUGAAGGCGACGUGGUUAAAGUGGAGCCGCCAUGAAUCUUGAUUUAGUGGGACUUGAUAUCUGAAGCGAUAUGGAUCCUCUGAGUCCGACGCUGCGAGAAAGUACUGCAUGCCCUUUUUGUACAUCCAUUGUGAUCCCGUGGACUCUGCAGAAUGCACGCCUUGCAAACCUGGAUCUCUCUGCCUUGAGAGUGGUGGGUCAUCCGACUCUAUUUUUAAAUAUACUGCACAUGUUUUGGAGGCGGAAAAUCACAAAGG